AUGCGCUUGGAGGAGGUGGGCGGCAGCGUGCUGGUGCCCGCGGGGGACGCCCUGCAGGGGGAGGCCGCCGGCGCCCUGGCCGAGCCCGACGCCGCGCCGCCCGCGGCGAAGAGGCGUUGGACGAGGCCGUCCGCGGCGCCGCCCAGGGAGCCGUGGGCGGCGGGCCCGGCCGCGUGGGGGCCGCACGAGGACCUGGCCGCCCAGUCGCCGCCCCCUGCGGAGCCUGCAGGCGGCGCCUGGCCCGAGCCCGGGGGCCUGGACCAGGCGGCAGGGCUCGAGGAGGGCGCCACCCCCCUCAAUGGCCGCCGCCGCGAUGUGGGCGCCCUCGGCUGCACGCCGCCGCGGCCGAGGCGCCGCUGGCAGGCCCGCCGCGGCGCUGCCCUGGCGCUCUCUGCGGCCGCCGCGCUCGCCGGCGCGGGCAGCCUCUCCGACGCGGGCGCGUGCGCGGGGCUCUCUGGCAGCGGCAGUGCCGCGCGCGAGGUGGGCGUCGCCCGCCGGCCCCGGCAGCACGGGCAGUGGCGCAGCGUCAAGGAUAAGGUGUUGGCCGAGUUCCGCCUCAUGACGGAAGAGGCGCUCAGGCAGGUGAGGACGGAUGAGAGGGCCGAGAGAUCCCGGCUCCGGCUGCUGAGCAAGAGCGACCAGAGCGGGAACAGCGCGGACAAGCCCGCGCAGGAUUUGUGCAAGUACAGGCUCCGCGCCGCCACCACCGUGCUCGCUAAGAUGAAGAAGGAGGAGGACAUCGUGAUCGCCGAGACGCUUAAAGACGUCCCGGUCAAGGAGAAGAUGAUGUCUGAGUGUUGGACAACCCAGGACCAGAAUAAUGCCAAAACGACCUGGGCCAAGCCGGCAGCACGUGACCGCAGUUUGGUCCGCAAGAGGGGGCAUGCCAUGUCUAAGAAGAUGUAUCGCCACUUCAGGGCGCCGAAUUACUACGACACACCCGAGUACCAGCACUGCGAGCAGAGGAUCGGCUUCCCGGGCGGUUGGAAGGGGCAGCUGGUUGAGGGAGCGAAGGUCUACGCCGAGCGGGAGAAACUUUACGAGGAGGAGGGCAAGAAGUACUUCGCGAAGGACAGGGCUCGCCACGACGCCAGGCCCGAGCGCCAGAGGACGGCCUCCAGCACGGGGCAGAGCAUCUACCGCCUGGUCCCGGGCGGCGGGAAGACGGUCAACAGGAAGGCCGUGCAGGUACCGGUGUGGCGGUACGGCAAGACCCAGCGGCCCCUCGAGCCGAUAGACCAGACGGCCUUGAUGAGCACCCGGUAG